CGCUGUCCCGCGGAGGGCCGCAAACUGGAACCCUCCUUGCAAGUUGCAUAGCCGCCCACGGACAAACAAUUUAUUAUUUUUUUCCACAAUUGAAAAAUAAAAAGGAGAAUUCCGAUCCGUUUUCCGGUGCUCUUUUCUUCUCCGCUCCUCUUCCUGCCCCUUUGGAAGGAAAAAGAAAAGAGAAGCGUCUCCAGAUCCGUUCACCGCCUCUCAACCCUCUCGCGUUCGAAGAUGUCCAGCUUCAGCGGUGACGAGACCGCCCCCUUCUUCGGCUUCCUCGGCGCCGCGGCCGCCCUCGUCUUCUCCUGUAUGGGGGCGGCGUACGGGACGGCGAAGAGCGGGGUGGGGGUGGCGUCGAUGGGGGUGAUGAGGCCGGAGCUGGUGAUGAAGUCGAUCGUGCCGGUGGUGAUGGCGGGGGUGCUGGGGAUAUACGGCCUCAUCAUCGCCGUCAUCAUCAGCACCGGGAUCAACCCCAAGGCCAAGUCCUACUACCUCUUCGACGGCUACGCCCACCUUUCCUCCGGCCUCGCCUGCGGCCUCGCCGGCCUCUCCGCCGGCAUGGCUAUCGGCAUCGUCGGCGACGCCGGCGUCAGAGCCAAUGCGCAACAGCCCAAACUUUUUGUUGGAAUGAUCCUUAUCCUCAUCUUUGCCGAAGCGUUGGCCCUGUAUGGCCUCAUUGUUGGCAUCAUUCUGUCAUCUCGUGCAGGCCAAUCAAGAGCAGACUAGGCAUCAGCAGAAAGAGGACAAAGCCUCAUGCUUUGCAGACUUGUUUGAAAUGUGAGAUCCUUAUCUACCACCAAAUCAUACAAGGUUUGCAGUUCUUCACUGUGCUUGCACUCUCGUGAAAUUUUGCACUGGUUAUGUACUGAUUACUCUUUUAGCAUUAUAGUGAUGGACAUGUAUGCAAAUAAAGAUCACAUCGCCUUUACUUUUUAGGCUGCAGCGUUUGAAUUAGAGUUUCCACUGUUGUGCAAACUACCAAUGUAAACUUGGUCUAUGUUUUUCUCAGGACUUCGGUGACCUAAAUUUCUUUUCUUGUUUCAUC